CGAGCACCGCCGCAAACUCACCCUGCCCGAGUUCUGCCCCGAUCCGUCGCCCCAGUCCCACCUCCUCCCACACAUCUUGGACAGCGCGCCCGCCGCCACACACACCGCCAAAAUGAGCGCACAGGCAGACCCCGCGCAGCGGGUUGCAAUUGGAAUUUCGUUCGGAAACUCGUACAGCUCCAUUGCGUACACCUCGAGCGACGGCAAGGCUGAGGUUAUCGCCAACGAGGACGGCGACCGCCAGAUCCCCUCGAUCCUCUCGUAUGUCGAGGGCGAGGAGCUGCACGCGGGCCAGGCGAAGAGCCAGCUCGUCCGCAACCCCAAGAACACCGUCGCCUACUUCCGCGACUUCCUGGGCCAGGACUUCAAGUCCAUCGACCCCACACCCGCCCACCAGUCCGCCCACCCCGUCGAGCACGAGAACACAGUCGCCUUCACCAUCCGCGACAGCGAGAAGGAGGAGCCCAACACCGUCACCGUCAGCGAUGUCACCUCGCGCCACCUGAGGAGGCUGCGCACUUCCGCCUCAGACUACCUGGGCAAGGACGUCAACGCCGCCGUCAUCACAGUUCCCACCAACUUCUCCGACGCCCAGAAGGACGCCCUGAAGGGCGCCGCGAAGGAGGCCGGUCUCGAGGUCCUGCAGUUCAUCAGCGAGCCCACCGCUGCCGUGCUCGCCUACGACGCCCGCCCCGACGCAAAGGUCAGCGACAAGAUUGUCGUCGUGGCCGACCUUGGCGGCACCCGCUCCGAUGUCACCGUCAUUGCCUCGCGCGGCGGCAUCUACACCAUCCUGGCCGCCGUCCACGACUUCGACGUCAGCGGCUCCAAGCUCGACCAGGUCCUGAUCGAGUACUUCGCCAAGGAGUUCAUCAAGAAGCACAAGUCUGCCGGAGACCCCCGCGAGAACGAGCGCUCCAUGGCCAAGCUGAAGCUCGAGUGCGAGGCCGUCAAGAAGGCCCUGUCCAUCGGCCAGGCCGCCAACUUCUCCGUCGAGAGCCUGGCGGGCGGUGCCGACUUCACCGCCACCAUCAACCGCACACGCUACGACCUGCUCGGCAACAAGCUGUUCGGCGCCUUCACCCGCCUCGUCUCCCACGCCGUCGAGAAGGCCGAGCUCGACCCCCUCGACAUCUCCGAGAUCAUCCUCGCAGGCGGCAACUCGCACACCCCCAAGGUCGCCUCCGCCGUCGGCCUCGCCUUCCCCGAGAGCACCACCGUCCUCGCCCCCUCUACCUCCGCCACCGCCAUCAACCCCUCCGAGCUCGCCGUCCGCGGCGCCGCCAUCCAGGCCAGCCUGAUCCAGGAGUUCGAGGCCGAGGACAUUGAGCAGAGCCUCCACCCCAUGGUCACCGUCACACCGCACCUCUCCGCCGCCGUCGGCGUGCUGUGCAUCUCCGGCGACCCCUCGCACGGCGUCUUCCACGCCAUCGUCGACGCCGAGACCCCGCUGCCCGUCCGCCGCACAGCCAUCAUCACGACCCCCCGCGAAGGCGGCGACGUCCUGAUCAAGCUCGUCGAGGGCGCCCGCCACAUCAAGGUCACCAAGCCCGAGCCCAAGCCCAAGGCCGACAAGGCCGAGAAGGACGACGACGACAGCGACGAGGACAGCGAGGACGACGAGGAAGAGGAGCUGCGCGAGAAGACGUGGAAGAUUGGCGCGCCCCUCAGCGAGGCUGCGCUCCGCGGCGUCAAGAAGGGCGCCAAGGUCGAGGUCCAGAUCAACAUCGCCACGGAUCUCAGCGUCACCGCGCUGUUCCGCGAGGUCGGCGGGAAAGGCGGCGUGCGCGGUGUGGUGCAGGGGAAAGCUAGUGCGAACGGUAGCGCGUAGGGAGGGUGUGGAUGAGUAACGAAUUAUCGAUUGGAAUAGACGAGCAACGCUCUUAGACUGCCAGCUUUGCCUUUCUUUUGAUUGUCUUCUGCGUGUUCAUCAUCUUGCGUGUCUCUAUCGUCUUGCGUGUCAUACACAAGCCAGUUGCCUCUGCAUUUCAAUCAAAUGCAUUGCUAUAAGACUUGGCCUUGUACAGCAAGCCGCAGGCUUAGUCCUCUGCUACUAUUUUCUAUGUGUAUACGAGGGAGCAAUCAACAUACACAUACCAAAUAUAGUUAGCCUUUUGAUAACAAUUA